AUGGGCUCGAACGCGCAGCGCGGUGCGCUCUGGCGCGAACACCGCGCCGUGGAGGCGGCGACGAUCGCGGCGAUGCGCGCGCGCGGCGUGCGCGACGUGCCGUGGAGCUCCGCGAAGCGCAUGCUCGCGGUGCUGUGCGUCAGCGCGAUUUACACGUCGUGGAUCCUGUCCCCGGUCGUGUCCGCGGUGGCGGUGAUUUUGAUACCGUCGUUGCGAGCGUACGUCGGGUGUUAUCUCUUCGCGUCGUACGCGCUCGGGGUGCGUGUGCCCAUGAAUGGGCUUUAUAAAUUCUUUUGCGGGCUCGAGUGCGGAGAAGAAAAUGGAUGGGAACUCGUCGUCGAGGACGCGACGGCGGGCGAGAAAGAGAUUGAUUGCUCUAAGCGCGCGUAUUUGUUCGCCGCGCACCCGCACGGGUUAUUCGCGUCUGGUUGCGUGGGGAAUAUCGUAUUGAGCGACGCGGCGUUGAGGCGAUUCCGAGCGCGGCACGUUAGAUUCUUCAUCAACAACUUGCUCAUAAGCGUGUUUCCGAUCAUCAAAGAUGUGCUGUCGUCGCUUGGGUUCUUACCAUGCACAGCAAAAAUGAUGCGACGGGUUUUAGGGCGUGGGGAGACUGGGAUGAUUGUUGUUGGCGGCGUUCAAGAGGUGGUGCUGACGGGCAACGUCGACGUCGAAGAGCUAUACUUGAAGAAUUGUUUCGGAUUCGUCAAGGUAGCCAUCCAAGUCGGAACGCCCUUAGUGCCAGUAUACACGUUUGGCGAGUCUCUGGCUACUGGUCCGGAUUGGGUGCCGUUUCGUGAGAUACGAAAACGCCUGAGCUAUAAAUUUGUAUUUCCGUUCCGCUCGCUCGGCAUCGUCCAUCGUUGGGGAUUCUGCUUUCCGCGAGGCAAGCUCACGACAGUGGUGGGACCACCUAUUGAAGUUAAGCAGAACGAUAGACCGUCGCGCGAGGAAGUGGCUGCGGUGCAUGCGCAGUAUUGUAAGUCGCUUUUGGCACUCAUUGAACGAAACAAAGCCGCCGCGGGAUACCCAACCCAGGUGACAAGAUUGGUAUAG